AUGCCCAGUAGCCAAGGUUUAUGGAUUUCCUCGAAAAUUCUAGACUGGUAUGGCAUGGAAUCUGAACCAGAACCUGAAAUAGAAUCUGAAAUAGAACCUGAACUAGGACCUGAACUAGAACGUGAACGUGAACUAGAACCUGAUCAAGCACCUACAGUAGAACUUACACUAGAAGCUGAAAUAGAAACUGAACUUGAACCUGAACUAGAACCUGAAAUAGAAUCUGAAAUAGAACCUGAACUAGAACCUGAACUAGAACCUGAACUAGAAUCUGAACUAGAGCCUGAAAUAGAACCUACGGUAGAACCUGAAAAAGAAUCUGAACUUGAGCCUGAACUAGAACCUAAAAUAGAAUCUGAAAUAGAACCUGAACUAGGACCUGAACUAGAACGUGAUCUAGAACCUGAACUAUAA